CUGCUACUGCCAACUUCAAUGUACACUGGAGAGAGGAAAACCAUCAUGGCCCUCUACAGUUUGUGUCUGCUUCUUCUGUGCGUGGUCAUUGCAAGCCGUGCAACGCGCAACUACCAUGUUCGUAUAAAAGGAGCAGAACUAAAACAGGCCCAUGGAGGGUAUUAUGGUGAGGACACUGACUUUGAAAUAAACAAAUAUAAUGAGACUACGGACUCAAUAAAUGCAGUUGUACGCAUGCUGAAGGAUCUCCCACAAGGUACCACGGUUGACAUUCAAAGUUAUGAACUUCAAAGCAACCAGUGGCAAAAGAGCACCGUGCACAUUAACAAAACUUGGUGUGAAUUCAUCACAAGUGAUCCAUACUUCAUGGAAGGCAUAAUACGACAAAGCAAUUACCCAAAAACAUGCCCCAUCAAAGCUAACACAUUCAAGAUAGAAAACUUCGUGAUUGAUGAGGAAAAAUUUCCAGAACAAAUUCCUGGAGAACACUGGCGAUACAUCUUCAAGCAGUUCGUCAACAAUGAAUGUAUUCUUGAAUUCCUAUUUGAUAUACAGAUUCAAAGGACAAAUCAACUUAUAUAGACACGAACUGAGAUGUCCCAAUGGACCACACACAAUGCCUGUUUACUACAAUUUUGAGUUCUGAAAAUCAUAUAUGUAAUCAGAAACUCAUACCAGUGUUAGUAAUCUAUUUUAAAUAUAGGUUUAUAUGAACUGUA